CACAAGUCCAUUCUUAUAUGAUGGGCUACGUUUCUCUCUCUAAAUAUACACCUCUGUCUAUACCUCGCCCUCUGAUCCCUAUAAAUAGAAAAACACGACCUUUCCACAAUGAAAGCUAAUCUCUCUCUCUGAAUUUUAAAAGCAAAAACCAGAAAUGGCAAUGGCGACGAACACAAACCUUAACCUGCAGGACAUGGAGGAAGUGAGAAAGGUGUUCAACAGGUUUGACACAAACGGCGACGGUAAGAUCUCGUUGACGGAGCUCGUCCACGUGAUGAAAGCCCUCGGAUCCGAUACCUCCGAAGACGAGGUGAAGCGGAUGAUGGAGGAGAUCGACACCGAUCGUGACGGCUUCAUUAGCCUCGAUGAGUUCGCCAACUUCUACCGGAGCUCCUCCGCUGGUGGGGCUCAGGAGCUGAAGGAAGCUUUCGACCUCUACGACCUCAACAAGAACGGUCUGAUCUCCUCCACGGAGCUCCACCAGAUCUUGAACCGCCUCGGCGAGAAGUGCUCCGUCGAGGACUGCAACGGAAUGAUCAAGUCCGUGGAUUCCGACGGCGACGGUUACGUCAACUUUGAAGAAUUUAAGAAAAUGAUGAGCAAUGCAAGCGGUUCCUUGAAAUAGUUUGCGAAAUUGAGGGUUGAUCUAGGGGUUCAGCCAUAUGGUACGUUUACAGAGCGUAUAUACAUUGUUGUGUUUCUCUCUAUUGAUCUCUCAAUUUGAAUUUAGGGUAGAGAGUUGAAGAAGGCUUUUAACUGGCUUUGUUAAAUAAUGUGCUUUUUUUUUUUUGUUUGUUGUUGCUGAUGUUCUUCAUGCAAAAUAGGUUAAAUUUGGAUAUUAAUGGAAAGAGUAAAUUACUAUUUGUCCUGGUUAGGCUGAAAAACAAGAUCAUCGUGAAGUUUGAUUGGUUUGAUUAGUGAUACAGAAAUAGAAAUUUUUCUUAGAGAAAUACAGGAAUACAUUGUGUUCUUAGAAUAACGCAAAAACAGAUCAGAGAAGAUCAAAAUACUCAUGAGUGGAUAGUAUUUUAUCGAAUUUGUAAGUCGAGUCUAUUUUUUCAAAAA